AUGGCUGCUUUAUCAAAAUUCCAGCCUGUUUCUGGAAAUACUUCAAUGAAUCAUUUGUUUUAUGGCGCUACAACAAUUGCUUCAAUUCUUUUUGUUGCUGCAUUUGUGAAUAUUGUGAGAAAAGGAGUUCCAUCAUCAACAAUCUUGAAACAAAAAAGUGUGAAAAAUUGGAAGUCUUCAAAAUGGUAUAAUACUAUGAAUAUAAGGCUUUUGCACAAGCUUCAUUUUUUGUUAAAAAUUAUUAUUCCACAUUUCAACUGUAAAGAAACAUUUCUCAUAGCACUCUACUCUGUUGUAUUGCUGUCAAGGACAUUGUUGUCUAUUUAUGUAGCAUCUCUCGAAGGUCAUUUAAUUCGAACAGUUGUUGAAAAACAAUCUGCUGCAUUUCUUCGAUACCUUAUCAGAUGGUUCCUGAUAGCAGUACCUGCUACAUUUGUCAAUAGUAUGAUCAAAUUCAUGGAAGAUUAUGUUGCGAUAGCAUUUCGCGCUCGCCUCACUCAAUAUGCUUAUAAUAAAUAUUUAUCAGAUUGUACAUAUUAUCGUGUAAAUAGCUUGGAUGAACGACUGAAAAAUGUUGAUCAAUGUUUGACAGAUGACAUUAUGGCAUUUUGUCAAGCAAUUUCGCGCCUCUUUUCACUAAUCCUUAAACCACUUUUUGAUAUUUCUUUCGUGGGAUUAACACUAAUAUAUAAAUUAUGGAAAGCAAAAUUAGGUUCAGGUAUAUAUUUUUUGAUUAUCAUGGGUCCAAGUGUUUUAAUGAGUACUGCUGGACUGCUACGAUACAUAUCACCUAACUUUAGCGAAUUACUUUCGGAGGAGUCAAAAAAGAAAGGCGAAUUACGAUUUUUACAUUCACGUCUCAUUUCGAAUUCCGAAGAAGUUGCACUUUACAGAGGGCAUGAGACCGAAAAAAUUUGUCUGCUAAAAGCAUUUAAUAACAUUCAACGUCACGCAUCCUUAAUUUGCCGGAAGAAAAUAUCAUAUAUUAUGGUGGAACAAUAUUUACUAAAAUAUUUAUGGACAGCUACGGGUAUGAUUAUGAUUGCUUCCCCGCUAUUUACAACAAAGCCUACCAAAACAUUAUCUGGAAUAAAAGUGGGUGAUCGUACAGGAAAUUUCAUGACUGCUAAAAAUUUGAUGAAUGUUGUAGCAGCUGCUGCGGAAAAAUUAAUGAUUUCCCAUAAAGAGGUGAUAGAACUAGCUGGAUAUGCAUCACGUGUUUAUCAUAUGUUCAAAGUUUUUGAGGACAUGAAACAACAAAAAUUUAUUAGAAAAAGGAAUUUGGAAAAUAUGAAUGAUAAUGCAAUGGAAGAGUUUAAUACACAUGAAAUACGAGGUCAAAUUCUUCAAACAAAUGGCAUUGUUAGAUUAUGUAAUGUACCAAUUGUUACUCCAACUGGUAAUGUCAUUGUCAACAAUUUUAACAUCGAGAUUCAUGAUGGUAUGCAUUUAUUUAUUACUGGUCCAAAUGGUUGUGGUAAAAGUUCAUUAUUUCGAAUUCUUGGUGGUUUAUGGCCAGUAUAUCGUGGACGAUUGGAAUUACCACCGAAAGCAGAAAUGUAUUAUUUACCACAACGACCGUAUAUGACAUUUGGAAAUUUAAGAGAACAGAUCAUUUAUCCGGAUACUUUGGCUGAUAUGCGGAGAAAAGGUAUUACUGAUAAUGCUUUGAUGGAAAUUUUAAAAACGGUACAUUUGAGUGAAAUUGUUGAGCGUGAAGGAGGUUUUGAAAGUGAACGUGAAUGGAUUGAUAUCUUAUCAGGUGGUGAGAAGCAACGAUUAGGUUUAGCAAGAAUUUUUUAUCAUCAACCAAAAUAUGCUCUACUUGAUGAGUGCACCAGUGCAAUAUCGAUAGAUAUUGAAGCAUUAAUUUAUCAAGCAAUGAAAGAUGCAGGCUUUACACUUCUCUCUGUAUCACAUCGACCAAGUCUCUGGCGAUUUCACACUCAUCUUUUACAAUAUGAUGGGCAAGGAAGAUAUCAGCUAUGUCCAAUGGAUUCCAAAAUUUUACUAUCAUCCAACAGUGAUAUGAAUAAAAAUGAGUUAUUCUACGAUAGUGGAAAUAUGAAUGAUUCUAAUAUGAACUGUCCAUCGAGCAAAAAUGAAAUGUAA